AAUCGUCUUGCUUGAGCGACAAUAUUUGAGCCGCGCAUGCGUGCUGGUCUCUUUAUCGGUAGCAGCGAAAAUGGCGUCGGUUACAAAUUACAGUGGCUACAAUCAGGCUGGUGCCCAGCAAGCGUACGGCUCGUAUGCAGCUCAGCCCGCUCAGGGAUACGGACAAACACAAGCACAGGGUUAUACUCAGCAGGACUACGCUUCAUACGCCCAGCCUGCUGCUGCUGACUCUGCUUACAGCCAGACAGCCUCCUCUGCUGGAGGAUACACUCAACAGCAGUACGCAGCCUCAUAUGGACAAACCACUGCUCCAGCUGCUUACAGUGCUCCUCAGGCCGGAGCGCAGGGCUACACCCAGCCUGCGCAGGGCUACGGGACUAGCAGCUAUACCAGCACCAGCACCACCGCUGCUCCUCCUGCCACCCCAGCAUCUUAUGGCACGCAGCCAGGAUACAGCGCUCAGUCCGCGUACUCUGGAUACGGCCAGCAGGCCGCUUCGGCUCCUCAGAGUUACAGCAGCAGCUCUCAGUCUGCCUAUACCCAAGGGGGCUACCAGGCCCAGCAGUCGGCCUACGGUGGGCAACAGGCCGCUUACCCUCAAGUCCCACCCCAACAGCCUCCAUCUACUGCCUACCCUCCUCCCAACGGAUCCUACUCUCAGUACAGCCAGCCCGGAGCUUCUCAGGGCAGCUAUGACCAGUCUGGACCCUAUGGUGGUUACGGUCAGGGUGGUGUGAGUGGAGGUUACGGAGGCUCUCAGCCACCCCAGCGUGGAGGUUACCACGGAGACGGCGGUGGUCGGGAUGGCUAUGACAGGCCAGGGAUGCGCGGCGGACCGCGGGGUCGUGGCCCGAUGGGUCGUGGCAUGGGCAUGGCUGGAGACAGAGGUGGCUUCAGUAAGCCUGGUGGAGCCUUAAGGGAUGGGAUGGAAGGACACCCAGGAGAGCAGGACGAGUCUGAGAACAGCACCAUCUACAUCACCGGCUUGACUGAGAAGGCCACGCUGCCCGAGAUGGCUGAUUUCUUUAAACACUCUGGCACCAUAAGGAUAAACCGCCGCCUGAACCAACCGGCAAUCAACAUCUACACUGAUAAAGACUCUGGCAAACCGAAGGGAGACGCCACUCUGUCCUACGAUGAGCCGUCAUGUGCCAGAGCCGCUGUGGAACACUUUAACGGUAAGGAGUUCCAGGGCCGGAGGCUGAACGUGUCGAUGGCACGGAGGAAAACCGUCCCAGGGCUGAUGAGAGGAGGAAUGCCCAUGAGAGGAGGUCCGAACAUGAUGGAUCGUGGAGGUAUGAUGGGACGCGGAGGAGACAGGGGUGGGUUCCCUCCCCGUGGGGGUCCUCGGGGUGCCAUGGCCUGGGGAGGGCCACCGGGCGCCAACAACGUCCCAAAGAGAGCUGGAGACUGGGAGUGCCCCAACCCUGGAUGCGGGAACCAGAACUUUGCCUGGAGGACCGAGUGCAACCAGUGCAAAGCUCCAAGACCUGAGGGCAUGGCACCUCCUCCAGCUUCAUGUCCCCCUGAUGACAGUCAACUCCAGAAUUAUUGGCACCCUGGAGGAGAUCGAGGCCGCGGCGGGAUGCUUCGUGGGGGUAGAGGGAUGGACCGCGGUGGGCCAGGCGGAAUGCGUGGAGGCUGGGUCGGUGAACCCGGAGGCUUUAGGGGCGGCCGGGGUGGGAUGGACCGUGGGGGAUUUAGAGGAGGAAUGCGGGGAGGACCUCCGAUGGACCGCGGAGCGAGGCGAGGAAUGGGACCAGGGAAGAUGGAUAUGAGGUAUGACGCUGACUCACAGGGAUCAGCGUCAGGAGCGCAGAGACAGACCGUACUGAAGCAUUUCGCCCAUUCACACUGAUGAACGUGUUUUAGAAGCUUCUUUUUAAAUGCUCUUUUUAUUUCCUAGUCCAUAUUUAUACAUGGUUAUCCACAUUCACAUCUGCCUGUGUGGCUUCAUUAUUACCUUUUGAUUUAGGAGUUUAAUUAGAUUUUUUUUUUUUGGGUUUAGUGUUUUGUUGUUUUUUUAGACCUCUUUCAUUUUUCUCUGUAAAUUUCAAUAUUGUCAAGUUUUGUUUUGUAGUAUUAUAACCACUUCCCUUCUGUACUGCUAUGUACUUUCCAACCUGUUUUUUUGUUUUUUUAAAUAAACUUCAACUGGCUUUACUUUUUAA